AUGCUUGGAUCAGACUUUAACCAUCCAAUCAAAGUUGGUGUACUUCCGCCAAAUCUACUCUACUUGAACGUUGGGUCCACAUUCAACUUUAGUAUCGAAAUUGAUGUCUUGCCACCAAAGCUGGUCAAGUUGGUGUUUGGCUUCAGGUUCAACUCGGUCAUUGCCCGCAACGCCCUUCCAUCAUCGAUUGAAUCCAUUCACUUUGAUUCCGACUACAACCAGCCAAUGGAGAAUAUUGGACUUCCAAAAUCCCUACGCAAAUUACGCUUUGGCUGGGAGUACAACAGUGCCAUACCUCCAAACAUGCUUCCUCACUCACUUACAAAGCUCAAGUUUGGCUACCAAUAUAACCAACCGCUCGUCCCUGGAUCUCUCCCUCCAUCGCUAAGACGGCUGAUGUUUGGUGCGCGAUUCAACCAGCCAAUGGUCGCUGGUACACUCCCCUCAUCGUUAACUGAGCUGAUAGUGGAUGGUAACAUUACCAAUCUUGGUAAUGAUCAAGGAGUGUUGCCACCAGGUAUUCGUUGUCUGCGACUGGCCAUGAACUUUAAUCAACAACUCACUCUUCCGCCAAAGCUCACUGACCUAACAUUUGGUUAUCAAUUCGACCGGCCAAUCCAUAUCGAUGCACUCCCUCCAACACUAGUCAACCUGACGUUUGGAAGUGAUUUCAACCAGCCACUUGUGCCAGGCUCGUUGCCCUCCAGCCUUAGAUCAAUCACAUUCAACGCACAUUACAGCCAUGUUCUGGCACCGGGCACAAUGCCAACGUCGCUCACCAGUAUCACCAUCGAGUUGUCGCAUUUCAACUGCUAUGUUGACUUGUUCCCAUCCAUCCCAUCUGCAGCCCGCGUCUGUCUGGUGUCACACAGCUACGACUUUGAAAAGCUGAGCCAACUGGGCAAGCUGUACAGGCAUCCUGACGUCCUCAACUAUGUUGUCAAGGGUGUGACACAUGAUAUCUCCCUUCGCAUCUUGGACGAGAAGUAUACCCUAGUUCUCAGACCUGAUCUCGUCGGAGGUCUAAGAUCAACAGACAUUGUAUUCAAGACCUCCACUGGCAGCAAUAGCAACAGAUCCAGUAAAAGUGAUACUAAUAGUGAUGGUGAUGUGGAGGCGAGUGAGGUUGAGAAGAUCACAACUUUAUUCAAUGAUUUGUCAUCAGUGGUGAAGAAGAAUAGGAUUGUGGACAGGGAUGGAUUCAAGAGAUUCCAUUUCCUCACUGGUCCUCUGGGCGACAGAUUGUUCAACCUGUUCGAUAUAAAAAAGACGGGAAUGAUGACACUCGAGGAGUUCCAGAUGAGUCUAGCAGUCUGUGGCAAGGGUACAGAGAAGGAGAAGGCAUUAUUGAUAUUCAAGUUCUUGGAUAUUGAUGAUGAUGAGAUUAUAACGAAAGAGGAGUUGUCUGUUCUGUCAUUGGUGACAUUGGAGUCAAACUCUCCAAAGAUGCCAGCUCCAAGACCUGCAGCAGCAGAGGAGACUCAAGCGGAUAACCCAAUCGUGGCAAGCUUGGUGGAGAUGGGAUUCACAAGGGCAAAGGCUCACCAGGCCAUCAAGGCAACAGAGAAUGGCACAAAGGGACAGGGUUCGUCACCAAUGGAGGUCAUUACUUCGUGGAUACUACAGAAUGAAUCCAGUCCUGAUAUUGGAACUACACCAGAUGUGCAGCAGCAACAGCAACAGGUGUCACCGAGACAAGUCGUCUCUGUGAAGCCUGACCAAAAGACGAUGGAUGAGUUGACGGCUGGACUGGCCGUCUCCACAAUCUUGGGCACCUUUGAGGCACUGUUUGACACGAUCGACAAGGACAAGACAGGAAAGAUCAAGUUGACUCAGUACAAGAAAUGGUCACAGGCAUCAAAGAAGCCACAAGAGCUGGAUACACUCAUCAAGCCAAUCACAGGACUAUUCGUUAGAGCAUUAACAUGGAAACAACAAGGCGGUGAUUUGGCAUCAAUCUCAUCAUCAUCAGAUAGUAUCAGCGAGAAGACUGAGGAGAAGACAACAGCACAACCACCAGAGACCAGCGCAAAGGACUUGAAGAGGUUCUCAUCAGUAUCUAGCAUUGAUACAUCAAAGACAAGAACACCACCGCCACCUCCAAAGAAGGAGGCAUCUCUUGCCAAACUGGACAAGAAGGCAGAGCCUGCGCCAGUGUCACCUCGCGAAGAUCCAAAGGCCAACAAGUUGGCCACCUCUGGAGAGCAUGACUCAUUCUCUGAUUUCUCAGACAGUGAUGACGAAGUCAUCAAACCAGCGAUACAGGUAGUGAUUAGGGAGAAGCCAAUCGAGCCAAUCACAAAGGAGCCAUCUUUGGUCGACUUUACACCUGAUAUUAUCAAGCCAGAGAGAGCGCAGACAUUGAGGAUUCGUGGAUCAAGACCAAGCAGCUCACGAGCCUCGCUCACCGGUGCCUUUGGCACCCUUCACCCAUCGUCCCAGGCACAGCAGCUGUAUGCUGCCAUCACACCAACAACAACAUCUGCCACUGCCGCCUCGACCUCAUCCACCUCAUCCACCUCAGCACCUCCAGCUGCCCAUCCUGCUGUUCUGGCCACUCAGACAUCGGCCUCGACCACAGCCAACAACACACCAGACUACAUCUCAGACUCCUCGUCCACCAUCUCCACAGCGAAUGCUGGAACUCCAUUCAAGACCAUGCCAGCCGGCCUGGAAUCAAUGAAGCUAUGUGUAAAAUAUUUAGAACAAGGAGACUUUGCCGAGUCCCGCACUCAUCUAGACCAGUGCAUCCAACAGAUCAACAUCAACAGGAUACGUAAUGACAUUAUCUUUUGCGUUGGAUAUAGGGUUGCGCUUGCACUACUUGAGGAGAUACAAUUGUUGGAUCAGCAAUACAAAGCUUCGGACAAUGAACAGGAACGAACGACCUUGAUCACACGACUGGGAAUCCUCUCGCGAUAUUUAGUUGGUCUUCCACUACAAUCUCAGCAUCGUAUUGUUUGCGCCAACAUGGCCGUCAGGUACAAUCUAGAGGCCAGGAACUAUGGCAUCGCCUCAAAGACCAUCGAUCUUCUACUACAGCAACAACAACAUAUCGUGUCGAGUGAGGAUCGCACUCGCCUGGAAGCACAGCAGGCGACAUGUCAGGAGAAUCACAACACGAACCACUCAUUGCCAAUAUACUCGUGUCCCGCGUGCAAGGCCACCAGCUCACCCAUUGCCGAUGACCGUGUGUUACCAUCGGCAUGCUCCUGUAACCAACCAUACCGCUUCUGCUUCAGCAAGUUUGAGCCGAUCAAAGAGCAGGACCACCUGGCCUGCGACUACUGCCACUCUAUCACCACAACCAGUAACAAGGCGUCCCCAUGCACCAUGUGUACGAUUGGUCAAGUGGACAUUCGCUCCUGA